CCCGCCGUCAGUCCUUCACUUGUGCCUCUCUUGUUCCUUGCUUCUCGGGCGUGUGCCAACAUGUUGACCACGCUAUUCCUAUCGCUGCUGGCCUGUGGGGCUCUAUACUACAUCGGCAGCGCCAUCUACUCCAUAACACUGCACCCGCUUGCUUCCAUACCUGGUCCUCUGGUCUGCAAAAUCACUCGCAUUCCUUACUGGUAUGUCUCCAUCAGCGGCGUUGAUGUGCCCUGGAUGAAGACGCUGCACGACAAGUAUGGCCCCGUCGUGAGAUUUGGCCCUACCGAUUUGAGUUAUGCUUCUGCCGAGGGCUGGCAGGAUGUCCACGGCCCAAAAGUCCAGGAAAAGGCCCUGGAAUUCUUCCCUCGCCCUGUCAAUGAUACCCCACCCAUGUUGACGCAAACUCACGAAGUCCAUACCCGAGUCCGCCGUGUCUUUUCACCAGCCUUUUCCACCCGAUCUCUCAAGGCGCAAGAGCCUCUCUUCCUGAAAUAUGCAGGUCAUCUCACGUCCAAGGUUUCCGAGGUGGGGCGCGACGGCAAGGAGCCUAUCGAUAUCGGAGCCCUAUUGAACUUCACCACUUUCGACGUCAUGGCCGAACUCACUUUUGGCCACAAUCUGGGAAUGCUGGCGAAGAGCAAAAACGAUCCGUGGGUCGAGUCUAUUGUUGGCUGGCUCAAGAUGUUGCCUCUGGUGGCCAUGAUAAACUACUACCCGAUAUUGCGAGUCACUGUCUUCGACAAGUUGCAACCAAAGUGGGUCUCUAAGCAGAGGGAGAAGCACUGCGCAUUUGCCGAGGAGCUUGUGAACAAGCGACUGGAAAAAGGAUCUACGAAACCCGACGUGUGGAAAUUCGUUCUCGACGACAAGGGCCAAGGUCUUGCAUUGCCAGAAAUGCACUCCAACGCCGAGGCGUUCAUGUUGGCUGGCUCAGAAACGACGGCUACUCUUCUGAGCGGGGCCAUUUUCUACCUUCUCAAGUCACCGCAGACCCUUAACACUCUAGUUGAAGAGAUCAGAAGCUCGUUCAAAAGCCAGGAAGAUCUAACUCUUGAGAACCUUGGUAGCUUGAAAUAUAUGACAGCGUGUAUCAAAGAAGCGCUCCGUGUCUAUCCUCCAGUGCCGAUAGGCAGUCCCCGCAACGUCCAAAAGGGCGGCCAAAUGAUUCUUGGAAAAUGGGUCCCCGAAGAAACGCGAGUAUCCGUCCACCACUGGUCGACUUACCACUCCGAAGCCAACUUCACCGAACCCGACAGCUUCAUCCCCGAGCGAUGGCUCGGAACCGAUCCCAAGUUCGCCAACGACAACUUCGCCGCUCACCAGCCCUUCGGAUACGGAUAUCGAAACUGCAUUGGCCAGAACAUGGCUAUGCACGAGAUGAGGCUGCUUCUCGCCAGUAUUUUGUUGAAAUACGACUUGGAUCUCUGUGAGGAGAGCAAGAAUUGGGCGGAUCAAAAAUCUUUUGCUCUAUGGAUUAAGCCCAAGUUGAUGGUGCGCGCGGUUCCGCGGGUUAGUGAGAAGAACUGA